UUAAAUAUGGAUUCAAUCAAAGCUGCAGCUUUCAGAUGAUGAAUCUUUAACGAUUGAAAAGGAGGAUAAAAGCGGCUCCAUGAUUGGCUCUCCUCCUCCUGCUGUCAUUGGCUCAUCGUCGUCAGAAGCGAUGAUCGUGUCCGUCCAGUGUGAGUCUGACUUCAGCUGCAGGUGCAGCUCAGUCACAGAAACAGAAGCAUCACUGAUGUUUCACUGCUGCAAACCGCUGUGAAACCAAACCACAGAGGCGUCGACUGGAGAAGAAGAGGAGGACGAGGAAGAAGAAGAAGAAGAGCAGCGGAAUUCUUCUGCGGCUCUUGUGAGAUGAUUUGCAUUCACCAUGGCCAGAAGUCUGUUUCCAUGGAGCUUCUUCUCCCGAAAGCCUCCUUACAUACAGACGAGAUUCUCCUACUUACACAUGAAGUACCUGUUCUUGUCGUGGCUGACGGUGUUUGUGGGCAGCUGGAUUGUGUAUGUGAAGUACUCGUCCUACACAGAGCUGUGCCGCGGCCACGACUGCAGAGACUCUAUAUGUGACAAAUACAAAAAAGGAGUGAUCGAUGGCUCAGCCUGCAGCAGCCUUUGUGACAAAGACACUCUUUAUCUGGGGAAGUGCUUCACUGCCAAAGCCAGCAGCCAGGUUUACUCCGGGAGCUGGGGAGACCUGGAGGGCGUCAUUAAAUGCCAGAUGGAGGAGGCUCCUCGUUAUGAUUUGGGAAACGAGAUGGAGCCCAGGAAGGAAGCUGUCGCAUUCGACAAGCCUAACAAGGGCACGUCAGUGGAGAGGUUCAGGGAGAUGAUCCUCAGCCACCUGAAGGGUAAAGUGGGGGAUCAGGCCAACCUCGCAAACCUGGCAACCCAGGUGCUGUCUGUGGGAGACGCCAAUAAGGACGGUCACGUCUCGCUGCCCGAGGCCCGGUCCACAUGGGCUCUGCUGCAGCUCAACGAGAUCCUGUUAGCGUUAGUCCUGCGAGACAGAGAACACAUGCCCAAGUUACUGGGCUUCUGUGGAGACCUGUAUAUGAUGGAGAAGGUGCCGUACGCUCCACUCUAUGGGAUCAGUCUCCCCUGGAUCAUGGAGGUGUGGAUCCCUGCAGGUCUUCGCCGCAGGAUGGACCAAUGGUUCACACCCUCGUGGCCGCACAAGGCCAAGAUCUCCAUUGGACUCCUGGAGCUGGUCGAGGACCUUUUCCAUGGCACGUUCGGCAGCUUCCUCAUGUGCGAUGUUAGCGCCACCGCCUUUGGUUACAACGACCGCCAUGACCUGAAGGUGAUGGACGCACAGCACAUCGUCCCCGAGGCCCUCUUUCAAGAGGGCAUCAGGCAACAGCACUGCCAGGUGGACGAGGACUGUCUGUAUGGGGCAGACUGCCUCACUUCCUGUGACCUCACCAAGAACCGCUGCACUCCAGAGGUCACCAGACCAAAUUUAGCCAGAGCAUGCAAAGCACUGAAGGAUUAUAUACUGAAGGGGGCGCCGUCUGAUGUGCACGAGGAGCUGGAGAAGCAGCUGUAUGCCUGCAUCGCACUGAGAGGCUCCGCUGAACAGAUGGAAAUGGAACACUCGCUGAUUCUGAAUAACCUGAAGACUUUGCUGUGGAAGAAAAUCUCUCAUACAAAAGACUCCUAACUGGGGACCUUGGAUUUGUAUCAUAAACUGUUUUUCCAAAGUCUGGUCAGGAAAAGCAUACAUGAAAUAAAAUUUAAACUACA